CUUCCUUUGGAUACGCUCCACGUAAUUGUUUGACAGUUGACUGAAGCGAAAUACCACGAGCAUUGUUUUUUCUUAAAUUAUAAAAGAUAUUUAUUUGGAAAUUGGUUAUAGUAAAAAUUGUAAAGGACAUUAAGAAAGCAAAACCCUCCAGUGUGCCCAGCAAUAGAGUGAGACAGCGAGAGAAAGGGAGAGAGAGACUUAUGUGUGGUCGAUUUGAUUGCUCGGCAUCAUGAAGCUGCUGCUCAAGGAGCUGACGCGUUUAACCACGCAGCAUCGCACCUUCUAUUGCUACAUGUUGCUCAGCAUCUGGAUAUUUCUGCUAAUUGCAGGCAUGUAUCGCUAUAUGGGCAACAUGGAACGUCUUGGCAAUCCGGGCAGUGGCUUUGGCAUUGGCACUGCCAGCUCGGGACUUGCUCCAGGAGCUGGUGGUAACGACGCCGCAAGCAGUGCUCAGCGUUUUGCCAAAUAUCGCGAACGCUGCGCGCCGCUCAAUCAGCUAACGCGCCUGGACGAUGGUGGCAUACUGGAGGGUUGGAAGCUACAGGGAGUGCUCCUGGUCAUACGACAUGGCGAUCGUGGUGCCAUGUCCCACGUGCAUGCCAACGGCAUCAAUUGUGGCGUGCCGCCCGAUGGAGACAGCCUGGUCAACAAAUAUCGCAGCUUUCUGCAAAACUCAAGCAGCUCUGCGUCUGGUUCGAAUCAUUUGUACUGGAGCAAAGUGGGUCCAUUUCAUGGGUUUCCCCUGCUACCCGCCACGGAGCGAGGCUGUCCAUUGGGUCAGCUGACGUACAAAGGCAUUGCCCAGCUGCUGCACGUGGGUGACAUCAUGCACCAGAUCUACGCCCAUCCGCUGGGCCUGCUGCUCAAGCCGAAUGCCCUGAAGGUGGGCGUGGACACGACGCCCCACACGCUGCUCAACUCGGACGAGGUGGUGGUCUUCACGACGCGCUAUCGCCGCACCUUUCAGUCGGCGCUCGCCCUGCUCUUCGCCCUGCUGCCUGCGGACAAGUGGCUGGCGCUGAACGUGAGGGAGUCGCACAGCAUGGCCUUCUGCUUUGGGGACUGCUCGUGCGGCCAGUCGCUGGUGCUGCGCAAGCGGCUGAUGCAGCUGGCGGACAGGCAGCUGGUGAAGCGCUCCGAUGUGCUGGCCGUGAUGCAGUGGAUCGGCGGGACUCUGAUACAGCACACAGCUAACGAGGGGGGCGUGACGAAUCCCUUCGAGGUGGUGGAUGCCAUGCUCACUGUGCUCUGCCAUGACGCCGCCUUGCCGUGUCGCAGACGCAAUGGCAGCCGGACUGCCAGCACCCUGGCCCACAAUCCCGAGCUGGUCGACGUCAUCAACAUCGACCAGGACGAGGCGAAUGUGGCGAAUCUUAUGCCAGGAGGAGCAGCGGCAGCAGCGGAGCUGGAACAGCAGCAGCAGCUGCAGGAGGAGGACGAGGCAGCUGCCUCCAAUGGCGGCUGCGUGGAGGCCUCCCAAGUAGAUGCCCUCAUGUCCUUCGCCGACGAGCUCUCCCUGCGCACUGCCCAGCACAUCUACUACAAGCGAUCGGGCCUGCUCCGGGCGUACGGCAUGAUCCGGCAUAUAGUUGGCUAUAUGCUAAAGAUGAUAUCGGGCGAUCGUACCAAAUUUGUGCUCUACUCUGGCCACGACUGCACCAUGCAAUAUUUGACGGCUGCCCUGGGGAUAAUUAGUAAUCGUGAUGGAAAGACGAUCUCGUACGCCUCCCGAUUGGCCUUUGAGGUCUAUCGCUCCGAUGCUCAUACGGACUACUAUUUCCGUGUCGUCUACAAUGGGCGCGAUGUGACGCAGCAGAUCGAUUUCUGCGAAGGUGGCAAAAGUUUACGGGUGACUCGGGACAGCCGUGGCAACAAGGCCGAUCUGUGUCCCAUCGAGAACAUUAUACGAUUUCUGCACGAGGACUAUUUCGCACCAUUGAAUGCGACCAAUUUCAAGGAGGCCUGCGCAGCGCCUGUCUCACAGUCAGCCAAAGCGAACGAGUUCUAGUGGCACUGGGUUCCAUUCUCAGCUGUGAUAAGUAUUAUGUUAUAUACAUAUUUAGUUAAGACGAAAUCCAACAAAUGACGAAACUUUGUGAACACU